AUGAUGAAAGCUUAUUUUUCAAUGCUUUUACAAAGAUUUCCCCGAGAUGUUCAAACUUGUUCAUUAAUUUUAUCAAGUUAUGCUUAUGAAACACGUGGCAUUAUAUAUGAUUGGAAACCUGAUGAACAUAAUGGUGUAGAACUAGAACAUUUAGAGUUAUCUCAAUUUGAUUUAUUUAAUUAUAGAAUUUCAACGAGAGAAAUUCAAUUAAAUGAUCGUAUGUAUUGA